UGACAAUGUUCAUUGACGUGCGAUGCGCACUUAAUUGUAGUGCUGCGUACUUAAUGAAAGUUUAUUAAACAUAGAUGCUACUUGUUAGAAAUUAGCGUGUUACAUUUUUCUAUUAAACAUGGCGCCGAAUUUCAGUAAAAUCACAAGUAGGACCGAUGUUAAAAUUGCCCUCGCAGCCUCCGCGGCAAUCGGAGCAUGGGCGAUUAAAAACUCGCUCCAAUCAAGCCAAAGUAAACGAGUUAGACCAGGCCGUUUAUCGCCUGAAGAACAGAUUCAAUAUAUGAUAAAGGAGAGACAUAAAAAGUCACCUAAAGCUCAAGUGGAUGCCAGGUUUUUUGCUGAACUGAAGGCAUUAUGGAAGAUUAUGGUGCCAGGGUUUUGGUCGAAGGAAAGUGGUUUCAUGACACUAAUCGCUUUGUCCCUGAUAGCGAGGUCCAUGUGCGAUCUGUGGUUGAUCCAGCAUACUACUCUAAUAGAGGGGUCUAUUAUCACAAUGAACAAACGGGAGUUCAAAAUCAGAUUGCUGCAGUUCUUUGCCGCAAUGCCCAUGAUAUCAUUAGUCAACAAUGUAUUGAAAUGGAGUAUAGGAGAAUGUAAAUUAAGAAUACGGACAAACCUUUCACUAUAUCUGUACCAGCAAUACAUGAAGGGUUUCACAUACUACCAAGUGACGAACCUGGACAACCGGAUAUCGAACGCGGACCAACUGCUCACCACGGACAUAGACAAGUUCUGCGAGACCGUCGUGGACCUGUACAGCAACAUCAGUAAGCCGAUCCUGGACAUUGGCAUCUAUCUGUACAGGCUCACCGUUAAUCUGGGCGUCAGUACUCCUGGAAUAAUGAUGGCGUACCUACUGGUGUCAGGAGUGUUCCUGACGUACCUCAGAAAGCCUACAGCCCGUCUCACCGUCCAAGAACAAAAAUUAGAAGGCGAAUUUAGAUACGUAAACUCCAGGCUUAUCACGAAUUCGGAAGAAAUCGCUUUCUAUCAGGGCAACCACCGCGAGCAGCUGACAGUUCUGGCGAGCUUCUACAAGCUGACGCGACACCUGCGGAACUUCCUCAAUUUCCGCGUUGGCAUGGGCUUCAUAGACAAUAUAAUUGCCAAGUAUGUCGCGAUCACGGUGGGAUUCUACGCGGUGUCGCGACCUUUCUUCGUGACGGACCACAACCUGCUCACCACGGGAACCGACAACGACAGGUUUAAGCACUACUACACAUAUGGACGCAUGCUGGUAAAGAUGGCGGAAGCUAUCGGCCGCCUCGUCCUCUCUGGAAGAGAGCUGAGCAAACUGGCUGGUCUCACGUCAAGAGUGACGCAGCUGCGAACGGUUCUGUCUGACGUGAACCAGGGGAAGUACACCAGAACCAUGGUGGGGCAGGUGGGGAACGGAAACGGUGUAAUACCGAUGCUGAUGGCGCCAGGCGCGGGCCGCAUCAUCUACCAGGACAAGAUCAUCCGCUUCGACCGCGUGCCGCUCGUCACGCCCAACGGUGACGUGCUCAUCAAGGAGCUCUCAUUCGAAGUCAAGUCCGGAAUAAACGUGCUGGUAUGCGGACCCAAUGGAUGCGGCAAGUCGUCCAUGUUCCGCAUGUUGGGCGAACUGUGGCCCAUCUUCGGGGGCACACUCACGAAGCCGCCCAAGGGCAAGCUGUUCUACGUGCCACAACGGCCUUACAUGACCCUCGGGACCCUUAGAGACCAGGUGAUCUACCCUCAAACCCGCGAUGAGAUGGUCCGCCGCGGCCGCACGGACGCGCAGCUGAACAGGUUCCUGGAGAUCGUGCAGCUGGCGUACCUGACGAGCCGUGAGGGCGGCUGGGACGCCGUGGAGGACUGGAUGGACGUGCUCUCCGGUGGCGAGAAACAGAGAAUAGCUAUGGCCCGUCUGUUCUACCACGAACCGCAGUUCGCCAUCUUGGAUGAGUGCACCAGCGCCGUGUCUGUAGACGUCGAGGGUCAGAUGUACCAGUACUGCAGAGAGAUGGGUAUAUCUCUGUUCACGGUAUCUCACCGCAAAUCUCUAUGGAAGCACCACGACCACUACCUACAGAUGGACGGCCGUGGUGGCUACGUCUUCGAAGAGAUCGACGGUGACACGCAGGAAUUUGGAUCGUGAACUUUAUUCUAAUGAUAAAACGAUUUGAAAUGGCUUGGCAGUGAAAUGGUGCUUUAGUUGCGAAUAGCAAUUCGUUUUUGUAAAAACGAUUGUAAUACUAAACACGACUACUUAAGUUUGCGAAAUCGUUGCAAUAUUGCUGCAUACGUACAUAUUUUUAUUUAAAUUAUUGAUUUGAAUGUAUGAUUACGAUUAAAGUGUUUUACUUUCAUAUUAUCGCAGUUGUUUACUAAUUGGUAAAGAACUGUAAGUAAUUAUUGUGACAAGUUUGCAUACAGCUGUGAAUGUUCUCUUUUUUUAUCUUUCUGUAAGAUGUUUUGUCCAUUAUGUGUGUGUUUCGUGUUUUAGGUUACAAUAAAUAAAUUGCAAACUUUAGCACUAUUUCACAACGACUUUUGAGAGUUCAAAAGCUAUUUUACAUAGGGACCAUAGUGAAUGUUUAUGAAAUAUUAUACAUUAAAAUCAAUGUUGCCAACGUUAUAAAAUAUUUUUCAAUGACGCCAGACAAAUUUAACGCUUGUUGUAAAUAUACACUUAAUUUUAAUAAUUGCUGUCAUAAUAUUAUUGUGCAAUAUUAAGUAAAAUAUUCCUCAUGUUCAUUUAUGCCUACUCAAACAUUUGGAAAAUGUAAUCUGUGUUAAUUUUUAUUCCUAUAAGAUUGAAGUGAUAUGUGGUAGUUAAAUAGAACUCAAUUUUCUUUAUUUAUUAGGGUGGUUCAAAAAAACAUUUUUUUAUAUCUUCCAACGGGGGUGCCCCUUACUUUGUUACACCUGUUUGGCUGAUAAAAUACACCAAGUUUUGUAAUUUUAUCUCAACUAUAGAGUUACAAGAACGAAAUGCCGCAAUGUAUCGCAAAUGGCGUUUUAGAGGGGCCAUGCCAUAAGUAAAUUUAAUAUAAAUAUGAAAUAAAUUAAAAUUAAAUAUAGUGAAAAGAGAUGUUUGUUUACUUUACGUUUGUUAGAUUGGUCUCAAAAAGUCGCAAAUUAAUAUAAGUUUUUUAAAUUAAUUUUUCAAGGAGGUCGAGGACUACCGUUUCCACAUUACCUGAUGAUUUCAAAUCAAAUCCUUUCAUAUAUGUGAUGUUUUAUUGUUAUUUAUUUAUUUAAUGAUAUAUUAUACAUGUACAGUCAGCUGCCAGAGAGGUGAUCCCCCUACAUAGACUGAUUGUAUGCAGGAGGAGGGGUGGGGGGGGGGGGGUCACCUCUCUGCAGCUGACUGUAGCUAUAUCACAGUAAACUAUUAUUAUAUAUGGCAACGCAUAUUAUUCAAGCAAACCAUUGUUUAAGCUUAUAAUUUUAUGAGAAAAGUGGGACAUUCGACACUUAAUGUUUAUUUAGCAUUGGAUGAAACAUUGUGAUCAUGACUUUUUUUUUUAAUUUGUCUUUUGAUUGUUUUUUACGUGUUUCUACACUUUCUACUGCUCCUCGAUUUUUUAUUUGCCUGCUUUACUACAAUAAAAAGCCUUUAUUUAUAAAGAUUUAAUUUCUUAAUGAAUUUAAUAGAGCUUGUAUUGCUUAGAUACAAAAAAAUGUAUAAUGCAAAUUUAAAUCUAAUUAUAUAUUGUGUAUAUUUAGAGUAUAAGUAACUGUGAUAGCUGUUAAGUUUAUGUUUUAUAUUGAUUGGUGCUGAAAUAAAACGGUUGAGGAUA